UUAGACUGCUGCAAUGUAGGUGAGAGAUCGAUUCUAUCAUUGGCCAACUCGUGUCAUAAGCUCGAGACAUUGGUGAUCGGCGGAUGCCGUCUUAUUUCCGACGAGUCAAUCAGGUCCUUAGCUCUAUCCCGCUGCGAAAGCUUAAGAAUUCUGAGAAUGAAUUGGUGCUCCAACAUCACGGAUUUGACACUAAGCCUCAUAUUCUCAAAAUGUAGAUAUCUUAUGGAUCUUGAUAUUGGAUCCUGUGAUAAAAUAACAGAUUUAGGCUUUGAGGGACUAAAAUUGGGAGAUUUUGUGUCAGAGUUGAAGGUUCUGAAGGUCGGAAAUUUGCCGAGGAUUACGGUGGUGGCUAUAGGGAUCAUAUUACAGUUCUGUAAAUCAUUGAGUUAUUUGGAUCUAAGGUCAUGCCAACAUGUUGCAAAGCGUGUUUGUGAGGAAGCUGGUUUGCAGUUUCCUGAGUUCUGCAAGAUCAAUUUUGUUGGAAGCUUGUUAGAGAGUGAUGUUGAUUUAUUAUGUUGAAACUUUAGAUAAGAUGGCUGGUAUUGUUACUGGAUUUUAAGAAGGAUUUGGUUGUUGUUUGUAUUAAUAAUAAUAGGUUUUUUUUAGGGGCUAUUUUGUUUAUAUUCCGGGUAAUUCAGUUAAAAGAUUCUGUAAAUUUGGUUCCUCAUAGUGGGACAUUA